AUGGGUACUGCGGUAUCUUCACCUGCUACGAUCAGCACAGACACGGUACCACCAGCCGAGAUCCCCGAGAUCCAUCUUCUGUGUAUGGUACCAGAGUUCAUUACCGCAUUCGAGGCUGCAAAGGAGAAAUACAACCUCCCCUCCUCGGUGAAGGUUACAAUCCAUCACAACAACCUGAAAUACCUUCCGACAGACGUCAAAUUCGACGCCAUAGUGUCUCCCGCGAACUCUUACGCGCGGCUCGAUGGUGGCUUCGACGACGCAUUGUCUCGAGCAUUCGCACCACGAAACGACUACCAUGCGCUCACGCGCGUAGCGCAAGCCAAAGUGUACAGAGAGUGGCGCGGAUUUGCCCCACCGAGCAGCUGCACGAUGGUCGAUCUUGACCACCCAGAUCUAGUCAAACCUGGUUGGGGCUGCAGGUACAUGGCUCUUCUUCCCACGAUGAAGACGCCGCAGAACGUCGGGUGGGAUAAGGAAGUGGUUUAUGAGUGUGUGUGGGCUUUGCUAGCUACGAUUGACAGACAUAACCGCGCUAUCGCCGAAGAUCAACACACGAAUGAGAGGCGCAUAAAGAGCAUCUUGAUGACUCCUCUAGCGACAGGUUGUGGGCUAUGGGGUGCGGAAAAGUGGGCGGCGCAAACGGUUAUUGCGAUCAAGCAUUUUGUAGAGGCAUCCGCUGAAGAUGGAGAAAAUAAGUGGGGGAAGAUGGACUGGCGGGAGAUAUCCGCACCUUGCGAGGAGGUGGAGGAUACAUAUGAUCUUGAAGGAUGA